AUGACCGACUCCAAACCCCCACCAUUCGCCCACACCCUCCUCCAACGCGCCUUCUCCCCCGACACAGCAGCCUCCCACUACAACGACCGCAUCCUCAAACGGCCCCUCCAAAUCCUGCCCAACGACCCCACCCCCUCCGCGCGCGCAACCCGGCGCGCCGCCCUCACCGCACGCAAACAAUCCCUCCAGAAGCGCAGCAAGCAAAAACCGCGCCCGCUCUCCGCGGCGCAGAAGCGCAAACUAGGACUCUGCGAGAUCCCCAAGGAGCAGCAGAAAUACGCAAUCUACGAGCCGCUGAACAAGCUGUGGGCGGGGUAUAUGCGCGAGGUCUUGGGCCUGGAUGGCGACGAGGGCAGAGCGCAUGUCACGCCCAGUAGUAGUGGGCAGAUGCUGGCGAGCGCAGAUAUGCAUGGUGCGCUUGUGAGCGUUGUGCGCAGUCGGUGUGUGAGCCGUGUGGGGUUGGAGGGGAUUGUUGUGCGGGACACGAGGUUUACGUUUGAGAUUGUGACGAGGGCGGAUGUGGUUAAGGCGAUUCCCAAGGAACAUACUGUUUUCCGCUUUGAGAUCCCGUUGCUUGGUAAGGACGGUGGCGAUGUGCCGAAGCCGCUGGUCUUUGAGAUCUUUGGUGAGCAAUUCCAGACUAGGGCGCCGGAUCGCGCGAAUCGGAAGUUCAGGAUGCAUUAUCAGCCUGAUAUCUGAGGGGAGGGGAGGGGCUGUGGAAGGUAACGACUAUUUGAAUAUCAUGCCGAGGACAGGAGACCUCGCCAACGGCCACCUGCGAUUGCAGAUGUACAUCGCGCCUCGACGAACGGGUCACGUCUUACAGUAGAUCGACAUUCUAGGGAACAGCGAUACACGCAUGGCGUGAUUAUCCGCUAUCCCAGCAGGACUAUAGAAGUUCGAAGAAUAACGUGUAGGCGAGAGGCAAGCCUGAGCGUUGGUAUGGAAGUUCAUCUCGAUCGAGUUCAUCGUGUUGAAAGGAUGAUAGAUGAAUGCACGCCCAUGCGCCAUUCAGCAUACGAAUAUAUUUGACUCAAACACGUCACAACAUUGAAUUUAUCU